AUGGCUUCUAGAUUUCCCCGUUUAUAUAAUCUAGAACAAAAUAAAAAGGUUUUGAUUUGUGAUAAAUGGAGGAAUAAUAGUUUAGUGUAUGAAUGGAGGCGACAGAUUCGAGGAGGGGCAGAGGAAGUUGAACUUAGUAGCAUUUUGUCAUUGCUGAAUACAUCUGUGCUUAGCGAUGUUCCUGAUAGAUGGGUGUUUUCUACAUCUAACUUGAAGGAGUUCUCGGUAAAAGGGGUGCGAACAUUGAUUGAUAACAAAUCUUUGCCCAUCACCACCUUGGUUACUAGAUGGAACAGAAGUGUUCCUCGAAAAGGUAACAUUCAUAUGUGGCGUGUUAGUCUGGAUAGGCUCGUAACCCGAAACAAUUUGGCUUAUAAAGGUAUAGAUAUCCCGUUUAUUCGCUGCCCCUUGUGUGAUAGUUAUGUUGAGACUUGUGAUCAUGUUUUUGGUUCAUGUGAGGUUGCUUCUUAUGUAUGGGCGGGUGUCUCUAAUUGGCUACAAAUUGUUCUUUUGGCUUCGCAUGGACCAACUGAGCUGUUACAGUCCGUUGAUAUGAUGCAGAUUUCCAUGGAAAAAAAACGUAUUGUUGAAGCUAUUGUCUUUUGUGGUUGUUGGUCUAUUUGGAAGUUUCGUAAUGACAAGGUGUUUAACAAGGGGAAGCAAAGAAAGGAGUACAUCAUCAAUAGCAUCAUUGCCUAUUCAUACUUGUGGGUAUCUAAUAGAAUUAAAAAGAAACACAUGUCGUGGGUCGAGUGGCUUUCUAAUCCUUUCUCUUUCGUUUAG